UGCCGCCUAUUUAGUAUUCGUCUGUGAAAUACCGGCUGUGUUAGUAGGUUUAAGUAAUUAGUGUUACUGGUUAAUGCCUAAGUGCUAAAUAAGAAACCAUGGCAGUGGCGAAGCAUCUGGCCCUCUUGUGCCUCCUCCUGGCGGUCGGUAUUGAGGCGCGGCGUAAGCUGAAGAGACACAGCGACGACAGCGCAGACAGUGCCGUCAGCCUGAGAUCCGAUGAGGACUUCGAUGAAGAUUACGGGGAGUUGGAGCCGUGUCAGUGUGGAGUGUUCAUGUCGAUGCAAGUGGGGAUCAAGGAAGGCCGCCGUCGGCCGCGCGGUCCACCGACUGGGGAGCCCGUCGUCACGUACGACACCGACAGCCCCAGCCUGCCCUGCGGCUCUGGAGGCUUCAAGCACUGCAUCAGCAAGUGUCUGGAUGUGAUCCUCAAGUACCUUCCCCGCGCCGGGCCAGUGAUCUGCGGCGCGGUGGAGCGUGACGUGGACCGUGAGAAGGCGUUCCUCUUCAUCCGCAACUGCGGCGGCGCCUGGACGCCCACCAACUUCUCCGCCGGCAAGGAGUUCUGUUGCAAGGACGGCCAACAUGAAAAAUGCUAAACGUCAAACGCGAUUGUCUAUGCCCGCUCUCGGAAUUAACUUUUCCCGCG